GCGACACGAAGAGGCUGAACUGCAGAGAACAAACAAAUUCUGAUUUCAUAUUAAUUUCAUCACCAACAUAAAUUGCUGGUACUUACAUGAUCGGGUGUUACGUAAAGAUUAUGGAUUAUUCACAACUUAAAGAGAUUGCAAAACUUUCGGUCACCAAAGAGAUUGCGACACGUUUCGUCAUCAACGCCAUACUGAAAGCAAUGGAAAACGUCCGGACAGAAAGAGAGGAAAUGACGGGCCAGCUGGACGAGGGUAUGGACGAUUUAGUUAAACCAACUACUGGACAGUCCAUCGCGGCUUUUCCUAGUAGACAAACAUCGACGACUGACCACAAGAUGGCAGAAAUGACGGUUCAACCGGGCGAUGAAGUGGACGAUAUACAUGAAGCAGGUAAAACCAUUGGUCAGUCCAUCACAGAUAUUUGCAGAGGAAAAACAUCACCGACUGACCACAAGAUGGCGGAAAUGUUGGGUCAGCAGGAUAAGUUUGUAGAUGAUUUUGAGGAGGUGAUUUUUGGACAAUCCCUCACGACAAUUUGUGACGGGCAUACGUCACCAGCUGACCACAAGAUUGAAAGCAGAGAGAUCCCGGAAAGAGAUACAGGAACCGGAAAUGACAAAAUAAUACAAAAGCCGAACGUCUACGCAACCGAUAAAGAUCACAAAAGCGAGGCUCCAUCAGUCGUUACUGAGGAUAAAGCUGUAGGCAAAGUGAGGCAAACCUUUUUUGAACGUCAUCUGAACAGACUCCUCGGGAGGAAAAAGAAAGACGCAAAGAAGGUGAAAACAGAACUUCACGAAAGCGUCCCCAGUGGAGGAAGUAGAAAUCUGUCAUCAAAAGUCCACAACAAAAGGGAUUGGAUCCUAAAACAUAUCCUCUGCUGUUUUAUCUGUAAUAGCAAAACCUCGGAAGAAUUGUGAGAAGAGUGCGAUACAUCUGGAAAAAAUGUACUUAAAAAAGGAACAGGACACAUCAUAACGUGUAUCAGAAAAUCUACGAGGAAACGUAAUGAAGACUUAUGUUCAAUUUAGAUAUUACAAUUAAAUGUUGAACAUGAUAUUACACAUAAAAAUAUAUUUUAUGUAACAAUUAGUUUUAACUAUUUAGGCAUAACAUGCAAAACUAAAUCCAAUUCCGCUCCUCUUGUGUUACAU